UCUCUCGCCCUCCGUAUUUCUCAUGACGACAUAUUGUCUGUGAAGAGCAAAUUCUGGAAAGCCAAGAGAGAAAGAGGAUUACUAUUUAUUCCUGAACAAUACACGAAGUAUCUGUCAUUUAAGAUAAAAAAAAAAUGGAGCCGUCAGCCAGUCCAGCGAAGGAUAACCACAGGAUGAACAGCUACAAGAACAAAGCCCUGAAUGUGGAGGAGAUGAGACGCAGGAGAGAGGAGGAGGGUGUCCAGCUGAGGAAGCAGAAACGAGAGCAACAGCUGUUCAAGAGGAGAAACGUUGACAUGUUGAACGAGGAGGGAGUCAUGUUUGAGAGUCCACUGGUCGACUCGUAUGUGGACUCCACAGCCACAGAGGAAGGAGUCCUAACUAGACGCCUGGUGGAAAUGCUCUUCUCCGAGGACCCAGAGCUUCAACUCACUACAACACAGACAUUCAGGAAACUACUGUCCAAAGAACCCAAUCCACCUAUUGACGAGGUCAUCAACACCCCGGGCAUUGUAGAGAGGUUUGUAGAGUUCCUCAAGAUGAGCGUCAACUGCACAUUACAGUUUGAGGCAGCCUGGGCCCUGACCAACAUAGCAUCAGGUACUUCCAUGCAGACUAACAUAGUAAUCGAGGCAGGAGCAGUACCCAUCUUUAUAGAACUUCUCAACUCGGACUUCGAAGAUGUUCAGGAACAGGCGGUGUGGGCUUUGGGUAACAUAGCAGGGGACAGUGCAGUGUGCAGAGACUACGUACUCAACUGUAAUAUCCUGCCACCACUAUUAAUGCUUCUGACUAAAUCCACCAGACUGACCAUGACCAGGAAUGCAGUGUGGGCUCUGUCUAACCUGUGCAGGGGGAAGAGCCCCCCACCUGUAUUUGAAAAGGUGUCCCCCUGUCUGCAGGUCCUGUCUAGACUGUUGUUCAGCAGCGAUUCAGAUCUGUUAGCAGACGCCUGCUGGGCUCUGUCCUACCUCUCUGAUGGACCCAACGAGAAGAUCCAGGCUGUCAUCGACUCUGGCGUCUGCAGGCGCCUCGUAGAGCUGCUCAUGCACACAGACUACAAGGUGGCGUCUCCUGCUCUGAGAGCAGUGGGGAACAUCGUUACUGGAGACGACAUUCAGACACAGGUGGUGUUGAACUGUUCAGCCCUGCCCUGUCUGCUCCACCUGCUGAGUAGUCCUAAAGAGUCCAUCCGGAAAGAAGCCUGCUGGACCAUCUCUAACAUCACAGCUGGCAACAGGGCUCAGAUACAGACGGUGAUCGACGCCAACAUCUUCCCUGUGCUGAUCGACAUCCUGCAGAAGGCGGAGUUUCGAACCAGGAAGGAAGCAGCCUGGGCCAUCACUAACGCCACCUCUGGAGGAACACCAGAACAGAUCAGGUACCUGGUGAACCUGGGCUGUAUCAAGCCUCUGUGUGACCUGUUGACGGUGAUGGACAGUAAGAUAGUCCAGGUGUCUCUGAACGGUCUGGAGAACAUUCUGCGACUGGGAGACCAAGAGGCCAAGCAGGAUGCAGGACCCAGUGGUACCGGCAUCAACCCCUACUGCUCUCUCAUAGAGGAGGCCUAUGGUUUGGAUAAGAUCGAGUUUCUUCAGAGUCAUGAGAACCAAGAGAUCUACCAGAAGGCCUUUGAUCUGAUAGAGCACUACUUUGGAGUGGAGGAGGAGGACCAGAGUCUGGCUCCUCAGGUGGACCAGGUCAACCAGCAGUUCCUCUUCCCCCAGCAGGAGGCACCCAUGGAGGGCUUCCAGCUAUAACAUCCUCCCUGUCCUCUGGUUCAUCCAAAACAUCACUCAUAUACCCAUGGAUCCCAUUGGAAGGCUUUCAGUUAACUUCUUCCCCCAUAUCCCCUACCAAUGGGAGAGUUCUGAGGUAAAUUAGGGUCCCUGUGUCCCUCCAACCACCACCCAUCCUAUAUGCCCCAGCCCGUGGCGAGCUCUGCACAGGGUCCCUGUGUCCCUCCAACCACCACCCAUCCUAUAUGCCCCAGCCCGUGGCUAGCUCUGCACAGGGUCCCUGUGUCCCUCCAACCACCACCCAUUCUAUAUUCCCCAGCCUGUGGCGAGCUCUGCACAGGGUCCCUGUGUCCCUCCAACCACCACCCAUCCUAUAUGCCCCAGCCCGUGGCUAGCUCUGCACAGGGUCCCUGUGUCCCUCCAACCACCACCCAUCCUAUAUGCCCCAGCCCGUGGCUAGCUCUGCACAGGGUCCCUGUGUCCCUCCAACCACCACCCAUUCUAUAUUCCCCAGCCUGUGGCGAGCUCUGCACAGGGUCACUGUGUCCCUCCAACCACCACCCAUCCUAUAUGCCCCAGCCCGUGGCGAGCUCUGCUACCCCAACUUCUACUGAUGCAGGGUUUCCAGGGUCUCCUGUGCCCCAUCUUUUCUCCACUGUGACCUUCCAGGCUCAACCAUGGAACGUUGUCCUCUCCCUCCUAUCCCAUGGAAGGCUUUAUCCAACCUAUAUUCCCCAAUCCCCGUGAGCGUGGCUCCUACCUACCCAAACAGAUCAGACACUUCUAACAGAACACCACGUCUCGGCUGAGUAGCCAAUCGGAGAGCUGAACUCACAACACAUGACCUGAUGAUAAAACACAGCUCUUCCUGAUCAGUGAUCACACACCAGGGCAGGUUUGAAAUGCACAGAUACAUUGAGAAAUACCGCAGGUACUGUUCAUAGUCUUGAUUUCUUCUGACAGUAGCAGUGGCUUGUUGUGGUUUUUACUGCUUCCUGUCGGCCCAUAGGGAUGACCUUUAGGAUGUGAGGGGUCAAAUCUGACCUAGUGUUAUUUCACUUAUUUAUCCUUUCCCCUCAUUUAGCUUUUGUCAGCCCUGUUUUUUAUUUUUUUCUCCCCCCCCUGUCCUGUCAGUGUACCACCUGAAGGCUUGUGUCCCCAGACUGAAAGCUUCUUUAUUGUUAGCAAUAGAACUGAGGCCAAACCCUCAUUCACAUUGGUUUCUGUCUUAUCAGACAUACAGGGUUCCACUAAAACAAUUCUGGGGAUUCUUAGUAAUUCUAGAACUAUGGUUUGGAGUGUUGACCCAAUGUUCUCCUUCUAGAACUGACAGUCCUUUCUCUACAAUUUUUAUUUCCUACAACUUUUAGCAACUUUUUUUGUUUUGUUUGCGUCAGAUGAUUUCUUGGACCUGGGGAGGGAUGACGAGGGUGGAACAACAUGUUGGGUUCUAAAUCGUAAAAUCAGGAAAAAUUUGGGGCUAACGGAUGGCGUCGAGUGGGGUGAGGGAGGGGGGUCCAUAUUGAACCGUAUAACAGUUAAAAUACCUAGGUUACUAGCUUGAUCUGAAGUUGAUAUAGCUAGAGAUAUAAUGUUCGUUGUGUGCUGUGUUCUUAAUAACGAUAGAUUUGAAUUAUGACGUGAUUCUAACUAUUAAAACGGCAUACCGCUGGGGGGGGGCUACACUAACUUGAGAAAAAACACUCAGCUUCACGUAAAUCAGGCAUCAAUGUCAGGUUCACUGUAAUAUCCUAUUUACUCACCUGCAUGUAUGGUAAUGGUACGCUAAGCCAUAUGGGCCCUGGUCUAAACUAGUGCACUAUAUAGGGAAUUAGGGCCCUGGUCUAAAGUAGUGUAUAUAGGGAAUAGGGCUCUGGUCUAUAGUAGUGCACUAUAUAGGGAAUAGGGCUCUAGUCUAAAGUAGUGCACUAUAUAGGGAAUAGGGCUCUGGUCUAAAGUAGUGCACUAUAUAGGGAAUAGGGCUCUGGUCUAUAGUAGUGUACUAUAUAGGGAAUAGGGCUCUGGUCUAUAGUAGUGCACUAUAUAGGGAAUAGGGCUCUGGUCUAAAGUAGUGUACUAUAUAGGGAAUAGGGCCCUGGUCUAUAGUAGUGUACUAUAUAGGGUAUAAUUUGGAACAGAGCUCCAGUGUAAAUAGAUAUGUUGAUGCUGAGUUGCAGUAGGCCCUGGGAUUUGGUGUGUGUGUCCCCCCCCUGGUGUGUAUGUAUGCUAGGGUUUGCAUGGUGUUCCUAUUGCCCUACCUACAGUCACGCAGUAUCCUUUUGCCAAACACCUGGAAUUAUUGUUGGGAGAGGCAGCGAGAGAGGCAGGGUGAGAAAGUGCCGUAAUUUAAGUCUCCUAGAAAAUCGAACAAGAUAUUUUUUUUAAGCAAUAAGGCCCGAGGGGUUGUGAUAUAUGGCCAAUAUAUCCCACGGUUAAGGGCUGUUCUUAGGCACGACGCAACGCAGAGUGCCUGGACACAGCCCUUAGCCGUGUUAUAUUACCCAUAUACCACAAACCCCCAAGGUGCAUUAUUGCUAUUAUAAACUGGGUGGUUCGAGCCCUGAAUGCUGAUUGGCCCGACAUCUGUGGUAUAUCAGACCGAAUAAAACGGGUAUGACAACAUGUAUUUUUACUGCUCUAAUUACAUUGGUAACCAGUUUAUAAUUAAGCAAUAAAGCUCGAGGUGUGGUGUAUAUGGCCAAUAUACCACGGCUAAGGGCUGUGUCCAGGCACUCAGCGUUGCAUCGUACUAGGUAUCAUUGUGAUGGCGAUGCGUACUAGGUAUCACUGUGAUGGCGAUGCGUACUAGGUAUCAUUGUGAUGGCGAUGCGUACUAGGUAUCACUGUGAUGGCGAUGCGUACUAGGUAUCAUUGUGAUGGCGAUGCGUACUAGGUAUCAUUGUGAUGGCGAUGCGUACUAGGUAUCUUUGCGAUGGCGAUGCGUACUAGGUAUCAUUGUGAUGGCGAUGCGUACUAGGUAUUGUGAUGGUGAUGCGUACUAGGUAUCAUUGUGAUGGUCGAUGCGUACUAGGUAUCAUUGUGAUGGCGACGCGUACUAGGUAUCAUUGUGAUGGCGAUGCGUACUAGGUAUCAUUGUGAUGGUCGAUGCGUACUAGGUAUCAUUGUGAUGGCGAUGCGUACUAGGUAUCAUUGUGAUGGCGACGCGUACUAGGUAUUGUGAUGGCGACGCGUACUAGGUAUCAUUGUGAUGGCGAUGCGUACUAGGUAUCAUUGUGAUGGCGAUGCGUACUGGGUAUCAUUGUGAUGGUCGUUGCGUACUAGGUAUCAUUGUGAUGGCGAUGCGUACUGGGUAUCAUUGUGAUGGCGAUGCGUACUGGGUAUCAUUGUGAUGGCGAUGCGUACUGGGUAUCAUUGUGAUGGUCGAUGCGUACUAGGUAUCAUUGUGAUGGCGAUGCGUACUAGGUAUCACUGUGAUGGCGAUGCGUACUAGGUAUCACUGUGAUGGCGACGCGUACUAGGUAUCAUUGUGAUGGCGACGCGUACUAGGUAUCAUUGUGAUGGCGAUGCGUACUAGGUAUCACUGUGAUGGCGACGCGUACUAGGUAUCAUUGUGAUGGCGAUGCGUACUAGGUAUCAUUGUGAUGGUCGAUGCGUACUAGGUAUCAUUGUGAUGGCGAUGCGUACUAGGUAUCAUUGUGAUGGCGAUGCGUACUAGGUAUCAUUGUGAUGGCGAUGCGUACUAGGUAUCAUUGUGAUGGCGAUGCGUACUAGGUAUCAUUGUGAUGGCGAUGCGUACUAGGUAUCAUUGUGAUGGCGAUGCGUACUAGGUAUCAUUGUGAUGGCGAUGCGUACUAGGUAUCAUUGUGAUGGUCGAUGCGUACUAGGUAUUGAUAUGUAUUAUUCACUGUCGCAUUAGAAAAGUGUACAACUCCCCUUAUUCUUCUCAUAGGGUGCAUUUGAAUUGACACUUUAUUCCUCUUAGUGCACUCGUUUUGACAGGAGACACCUAUGGAGCCUCUGGUCAGAGGUAGAGGCCACUCGUUUUGACAGGAGCCACCUAGGGAGCCUCUGGUCAGAGGUAGAGGCCACUCGUUUUGACAGGAGCCACCUAGGGAGCCUCUGGUCAGAGGUAGAGGCCACUCGUUUAGACAGGAGCCACCUAUGGAGCCUCUGGUCAGAGGUAGAGGCCACUCGUUUAGACAGGAGCCACCUAGGGAGCCUCUGGUUCAGAGGUAUAGGCACUACAUCAGACAAGGUGUCAUGCAUCUAACGACAACCAGGGUUUGGCAAGGGAUAAGUCUUUUUAAUUUAGACCGUGACGAACCUAACCGCAACAGAAAUUAAGUUAAGAUGUAUUUGCACAGACACUUAAUGCACACAUGCAUACAACACCAGCAGACUGUACACAGCUCACACGGAUGAGUGCUACACAAGGAGAAUCAACUUCCAUAAUCCACCUUGUUGAAGGCACGUUAUUGCAUGUUUUCUUUCUGUGCUAUAUUGGGUUUUCAAUGCGGUAUGUUCAUUCAAUGUUUUCUUUCGUCGUUUUUCCACUUCCUUAUCGGCACUAUUGAGAUUAUGCGCCUACCCACAAUGCAUCACAUUCACAGCAUCCUUUAAUAUCUCAAAUUUAAAAAAAUAAAUAAAAUAAAAAAUUAAGAGAAACUGACAUUUUUAUUUUUGACAUUUUUCUUGGGGAAUUGCAGGGUCUACUUCCUGGUAAUAUGCUCAGUUGAAAGAAUUUACAGGAUAGAACAAUAUAGUAAUUUCACGUGGAGAGUUGGGAAAUGAACACAUUCAUUAGAUUAGCGUUGAAAACGUGACCAGCGGUCGAGAAAUCAACUAAUAAAGUGGAAAACGUUUCAAAUUCAUAGAAUGACAGUAAAAGCAGUUAGCUGAAAUCCAUUGUUUAUUUUCCACACGGAUGGUGAACCGCUUACAUUCACUCUGUCAUUUUCGCUCGCUAAUCCUGUAGAAUCAGCAACGGCUCUAAUCCAAUUAAUUAGUUUUUUUUUUUUUUUUUACGCUUCCGCAUGUCACUUAUUACGUUGUCUUAACCUUUUUGUGUUAUCUUCAACCUAGGUAUUAUGGAAGCCUUUUCUUCUUGCUGCUACGUGACUGAAGAUGGUUAGAUGAUAUGCCCUUAGACACAGAUCUAGGAUCAGCUUGCCCUCCCUUUUAAUCCUGACCUGUAACAUUUAAUGGGGCAAAAAAGCAAAACUGAUCAUAGGUCAGUCUCUUUGGGUUGAGUCGGAGCCUAAACAGUUUGGUGGUGACAUUUUGACUGACCGGCACUGUGUGAGGAAGCGAUACAUGUACAAACUGUUAUGUUCUCAUCAGUCACAUCUUGUUCUGAGGAUCCACUGUUUCCCCUGGUUGAGCAGAACUGGGUUUGAGGUAAACAAAAUCAGAAUAUACAAAGCUGUUUUAUUUCAAACUUAAUGCCUAAACUUUCAUUUUGGAAGGGUAUCUGUAACGCAUCUUUAAAUAAUAAUGUCUUACUUGAUACGCUAGCUAUGAGGACCCUAGUCACUGCACAUGUUAUCCCCUAUGGUUAUAUUGUCCUUCCUGACGUGAUGUCUCGGUAGGUUGACCCUGUGAGGAUGCGGAGCCAUGACUUUGUACAAUGUCAUACCUUGUUAUUAUGUUCAAUCUGCAAAAUGGUGAUUUUUCACGGUCUGCAAAAUGGUGAUUUUUCAUGGUCUGCAAAAUGGUGAUUUUUCACGGUAUGCAAACUGGUGAUUUUUCACGGUCUGCAAAAUGGUGAUUUUUCACGGUCUGCAAAAUGGUGAUUUUUACACGGUCUGCAAAAUGGUGAUUUUUCACGGUCUGCAAAAUGGUGAUUUUUCACGGUCUGCAAAAUGGUGAUUUUUCACGGUCUGCAAAAUGGUGAUUUUUCACGGUCUGCAAAAUGGUGAUUUUUCACGGUCUGCAAAAUGGUGAUUUUUCACGGUCUGCAAAAUGGUGAUUUUUUUCACGGUCUGCAAAAUGGUGAUUUUUCACGGUCUGCAAAAUGGUGAUUUUUUUCAUGGUCUGCAAUGGUUUUGGACACGUUGCGCUUUGGUUGACAUGCAAAAUGUAUUGACGUUGGUAAGAGACUAAGCUUGUCAUUGAUCUAACAUGGACAGUUAGUAACAGUAAUAGGCUAUUAUAGGAGUCUAUGCACGUUGGGCCUCUAAAGGGAAAUGGUUGUCCACAGAACAAGUGUUCCAAACCGACAUUUUGAGACUAAAUAAAUCUUGGAAAACGUGAAAAAUUGGCUAAAGAACUUUUGACUCUACAUCACUAACAAGUGGAGAAGCAUUUAUAUAUCAGAAGUCCUCCUCUUGUUUUUCUCUCUCGACUUCUGUGUGCAGUCUAUCAACAGACUUCCAGAGAAGUAAAACAUUUUAAAAAACACAAAAUAAACAAAUAUAUUUAUAUUUAUGAAGAAAAACAAAAUGCACUCCUAUUCACUGAAGUGCCAAUCCUGACCAACUAAAGACUUGAGGGUGAUUUACAUAUGUCUUUUUGACUUAUUGAUUAAUUAAAUUUUCUUAAUAUUUCCUUGAAUGUGCACACAUUUUGUGCAAAAACCAUUGCUGCUCUAUUUUCCUCGUCUUAUAGUUCCAUGAUGUGGUUUCUCUGAAAGUGGCAUUCUCUACUGCUUUUGCACUGUGGGAUUGGGUCAGAAUAGUCAUUUUAAAUCGGCCAAAAAAAACAAAACUAAUUUAUUCCAUCAUGCUGAUCCGUCUAACUAAAUAUUGAUGCUCUUUUCUUACAGUUUUAAUGCAUUGUUGAUUUCACUGUGCAGACCUCACACUGAUGCAGCUGUGGGACAGACAGUCCAGACGUUCGUUAGAAAGAUGCAGGGUCAUCAAGUGUAAUUUUAGCCUGAGGCAAAGACUGCACUGCACAUUAGGGCCCUGAGGUUUUUCCUAGUCAGGUCACAUGGUCUGGAAAAGCUCCCGGCCCAGUUUAUCAGGUCAGUUAUCGUAUCAGGCCCAAUACAGGGCCACGUUCAGUAGCCAAACGUUACAAAUGGAAAUGCCACAAAUGGAGAGCCAACGUUAUUCCAUAUGUUUGUUUUUACAUAGAAAUAUUUCUAUCUGAACGUUUGAAAAUGUUGCGUUCCUGCUGAACGUGCCCCGGGGUUUCUCCACCUAAACUACCAUGUUUGCGCAUAAUGAGUCUAACCCAUCUUAUCACAAGAACUAAACAGCCAAUUCAAAAUGGACACUACUCACCAAAGUUGUUUUUUACAUUUUUUUUUUUCUUUCUUGAUUUUGAGCAGCUAUACCAUUACAUGGAUAUGGAUGGUUCUCGAAUAUGUUUCAGUGGCAUAAUCUUCUUGGCUGUCCAGACCCAGUCAAUCAACCAAACAACCAAUAACUUGUCCUGACACUUCUCUCAGCUAUUUCUUGUUUUAGCACAAAGACUCAGAAACACUUCUCUUGAGAUGGGAAGCUAGGUUAUUGGCUGAGAAUGAACAACCUAACAAGUAAUGCAAUAAAUAUUCUCCAAAAGUCCGCCGUCCCAAGAGGUUUAAGUUGCGUCCCGAAGUGCACCCUAUUCCCUAUUUUAAUGAACAACUUUUGACCAGCAGUCCAUGGAGUUCUGGUCAAAAAUGGUGCACAAUAUACCCCCACAGUGGAGGUGUCAUAAUACCCAUAAAACCUAGUGGUCAAACAGGGAAAUAAAUCGAUUUUUUUCCCACCAUUUCAUUUUUCCCCAUAGGCGAUUUUAGAAACACUUAAAAUAAGGGCUGUGUUUUGUGUAGGCUUACCCUGGCGUGACAUUUUGAUAACCGUGUAGAUCUCUCUCGGACAAGGUGACUCAAUAUAUUCGGCUCUCUUUUUACUCGUAGAAUCGAAAAUACUUAAAGUAGACAUCGUGCAAGACUACAAAUCCCUGCAUGCUUCUCCACGUCAUCUCUAGCUGACAUCUUUGCUAUUAGGUCAAUUUAAAACCUGCACAAGAUAGUUCACAGAAUUGUCAAUUUUAAAGAUAUGUAGCUAAUUUACUCAUUAAUCCAGAGAUUCUUACCUUUGCCGUGAGUCGGCAGUCUCGUCCAGAUUAUCAUGGUAUUUGUAGUUCUUUAUGAUAGCCACAUUAGCAGUUAAUUAUCGUUUCAUUUUGGUGGAGCAGUACAGGCAAACAUUAAGUCACCAUGUCCGGAAAAGAUCUACACGGUUAUCAAAACAUCACGCCAGGGUAAGCCUACACGUAACACAGCCCUUAUUUUAAGUGUUCCUAAUAAAAAAACUUAUGGAUGGUGGGAAAACAAUUGGAGCCAUUUCCCUGUUUGACCACUAUGUUUUAUAGGCAUUAUGACUCAUACUGUGGUAUGUUCUAGGGAAUAGGGGCAUUUGGGAGGGAGUUUAAGACUUCUUAUUCAGGUUUUUUCCCUCAAGAGGGCAAUUAACAGAGAUGACUGGUCAACAGUUUCCUAGAACAAAUCUGGGAUGCAGGAAUGUGAAGUAAUUUACAUAAAAAAUGAUAAUCAAGAGUUCAAUUGGAACUAUGUGUAUGAUUUUAUAAUUUAGGGGGUGUUUAUAUUUUGUUCUCUUACACACAAGUGUGUAAUGGAAUUAUUUUUUGUAUUUCAUUUUUUUUUUUUUUUUGCAUAUCUGACUCCCACUGAGACGACUGCAGGGAUUCGGGUCAUGGCAAGGGUCGCCAUUGUACAGUGCCCCUGGAAAUAUGUACAUUAGCUGAAGGAAUCAUCCAUAUUUUGUAAUGACUGCUGAAAUGCUUUUUAAGGCAUAGUAAAGGGAUAGGAGUUUUUCCCCUGACCAAAUGACAAGGAGAAACUGUGUCCCAAAUGGGCAUUAUAUACCCUAUAUAAUGCACAACUUUUUACCAGGAACUACUUUUGACCAUAGACCUGUUAGGUCCUGGUCAAAAGUUGUGAACCACAUAGGGAAUAAGGUGCCAUUUGCUCUAGUAUCUGUUUCCCUGUCGGGCCUUUUGGUCAGGAACAACUCCUAGGCAUGGAUUUGAAAAAUAAUCAAGAUACAUUUUGAAAUGGGAUAAAAAAAAAAAAUGUCUUCUGGCCUAGAUUGUGUAUAACUGAGACAAAGGUGUUUGAAAAUCCCAAGCCACGCCUUAGUGCUUGGCUUUGUCAAAUAAAUAAUGCUAUCUAGGCUAUAAUUGUUUACAAUGCUACAUGUUUAUAAAGUGUUUUUUCAUAUGUCAUAACUGACCAGUCCUGAUGUAUUCUCUGGUCCUCUCAUGUCGCUCUCUUUCAAUGUAUUUAUUUCCAAAACAAAUCUUUUUUUUUAUUUUCUUUUGCUUAUGAUAACCCAUAUUAUACUGUGACUUGACAUUACCGACGGUAUGAAUGAGUGACUGAUACACUUCAACUGAACAUGACACACAAACAUGAACACAGAAACAAAAACAAAAAAAACAAAUGCAUUAACAAAUAUUAGAAAUGUAUAAAAAGAAACGUGUCCAGUGGAAACUGUACAAAAUAAAAAAUAAAAUGUUGCAACCCUU